AGGAUCUUCAUCAUGUAUAUUCCAAAAAAAAUAGGUUGUCACUAAAUUUAACUAUUAUAGAUCCAUCAUUUUGUGCAUCAAUCUUUACCAGGUGUUAGCGAAAGAUUGGUGUAUAGACUGAGGAGGGUCCAGGUUCAAGGUACCUGUGGCGGCAUCGACAAUGAUGGGAAGUAUGAGGUUCCACGGGUUGGUCAGGUUUUUCGGUCUUGAAGCUCCUCCUCCAGAUUUCAUCAGCAUCUUGUCCUCUCGAGUCUUUCUCCUCUCCUCCAACCACCGGAAAUUCCAGCAGGAAAUGGAGAAGAUAGAGCAUUCUUAUCUGAACAUCAGAGGCCUCCGCAUCCACAUAGCCCACAUAGGCAAAGAGGAACUGGGGACUGUGGUGUUCCUCCAUGGGUUCCCAGAGAUAUGGUACUCCUGGAGGCAUCAAAUGAUUGCCGUUGCCGAAGCCGGAUUCCGAGCUAUUGCCCCCGACCUUCGUGGCUAUGGCCUCUCCGACCAGCCCCCAGAGCCAGAGAGCACCACCUGGGAGGACCUCGUCGCCGAUCUCCUUGGCAUCCUCGACUCCCUCUCCAUUCCCAAGGCUUUCAUGGUUGGGAAGGAUUUUGGAGCAAAACCAGCUUACGAAUUCGCCGUCUAUCACCCAGAUCGGGUGUCGGGUGUGAUUACCUUGGGAGUUCCGUUUGCGCCCAUAGGCUUUUCCUUCGAUGCCAUCCCCAAGGGUUUCUACAUAACGAGGUGGCGGGAGCCAGGCCGACCGGAGGCAGAUUUCGGUCGAUUUGAUGCCAAGAGAGUCGUCCGCACCAUCUACAUUCUCUUCUCUCGAAGCGAGCUUCCAAUAGCCGAGGAGACUCAGGAGAUCAUGGACUUGGCAGACUUAUCGACUCCUUUGCCUUCUUGGUUCGCCGAGGAAGACCUCGCAGCCUAUGCUGCUCUCUACGAGAAAUCUGGGUUCCGCUUUCCACUCCAUAUGCCUUACAGGACACUGCAUUUGGGGAUUAACAAUGCUGAUCCGAAAGUCCACGUCCCUGCGCUGCUGGUCUUUGGAGAGAAAGACUACGUUCUCAAGUUCCCGGGAAUGGAGGACUACAUCAGGAGUGGAACGGUGAAGCGCUUUGUCCCUGAUCUGGAGAUCAUAUUCAUGCCUGAAGGAAGUCAUUUUGUUCAGGAGCAGUUCCCGGACCAGGUGAACGAGCUUAUCAUCAAGUUCCUCAAGAACCACAUCUGAGCUAGACUGGAGGUAUGGAAUGGAGUACUUUGUGAUGUUAAAGCAGGAGGGCAUCUCUUUCUCUGCAAAGAUUUGUUUCUUGCAAGUAGUCUAUGCAAUUAAUAAACACUUGAAAUAAGCUGUGCUACUUUGUGAAAUUUAUGAUGAAUAGAUACUUUCGAUGAUGACCCUAAAUAAUCUAAGCCACAGACUUACAGUUGCUUAAAACCAUAA